UCGGGUUGGUUAAUUCCAAGGCCGCAACCUUGUGGGAGUUGAAGAUGUCAUCGGAAAAGGUGGUUGCGGAUCAGAAGAGCGUGAACCAGCGCGAAGCUUGUGAUGAUUGGCGAAAGCUACCCAGACAUGACUCUCUCGACAUAGAAUCUCGAACCUUCUCCAAUCCAAACGCUCAUCAUCGUUCCUCCAAGGAGCAAUCGAUGUGGGCGAUGAUGCAGCUGGCGUUUCAAAGUAUAGGAAUAGUGUACGGGGACAUCGGAACGUCGCCGCUUUAUGUGUAUGCCAGCACCUUCACGGACGGCAUCAAUCAUAACGACGACGUUUUGGGAGUUCUUUCCAUGAUCAUUUACACCAUCACUCUCAUCUCUCUCAUUAAAUACGUCUUCAUCGUUUUGAAGGCCAAUGACAAUGGCGACGGUGGGACAUUCGCAUUGUACUCUCUUAUAUGUCGCUAUGCCAAAGUCGGGCUUAUUCCGAAUGAGCAAUCGGAGGACGCAGAGGUAUCUAAUUAUAGGUUAGAGUUGCCUCAUAGCAGAAGAAUGAGGAGGGCUUCAAUGAUCAAAUCGAAACUCGAGAAUAGCCAAUUUGCUAAGCUUUUCCUUCUGUUCGCCACUAUGCUUGGUACUUCCAUGGUCAUUGGUGAUGGUGUUCUCACUCCCUGCAUUUCUGUUUUAUCAGCUGUUGGAGGCAUCAAGCAGGCUGCUAAAUCGAUAACAGACGAUGGGGUUGUUUGGAUGUCCGUUGCAAUCUUGUUGUGCCUUUUCAUGGUCCAAAGAUUCGGAACUGAUAAAGUGGGGUACAGUUUUGCUCCCAUUAUCUGUGUUUGGUUCACCUUCAUCGGAGGCAUUGGUAUUUACAACCUUAUCAAGUAUGAUCCAACAGUCCUAAAAGCAUUGAAUCCCGCAUACAUGAUAGAUUAUUUCAAAAGGAAUAAGAAAGACGCUUGGAUUUCUCUCGGUGGGAUAGUGCUGUGCACUACAGGAACUGAAGCACUAUAUGCUGAUGUUGGACAUUUCAGUGUUCGGUCUAUCCAAAUCAGUAUGUGUUCUGUGACAUACCCUGCUCUAAUAUUGGCUUACACGGGGCAAGCCUCCUUUCUUCGCAAACACAACGAUGUUGUUGGAAACACCUUCUACGAGUCGAUUCCACACGCUUUGUACUGGCCAAUGUUUGUGAUUGCCGUUGCAGCAGCAAUCAUAGCUUCUCAAGCCAUGAUCUCUGGAACUUUCUCUAUAAUCCAACAAUCCCUUUCGUUGGGUUGCUUUCCUCGCGUGAAGAUCGUGCAUACUUCUUCCAAGUACGAAGGACAAGUUUACAUUCCUGAGAUUAAUUACAUCUUGAUGAUAGCUUGUGUUGCCGUCACUCUUGGAUUUAGAGACACCACAAAAAUUGGCAAUGCCUACGGGAUAGCUGUGGUUUUUGUAAUGACACUGACAUCAGCUUUACUUGUGCUUAUCAUGACCAUGAUAUGGAAGACACACUUUCUCCUAGUCAUCGGCUACGUAGGUAUAUUCUUUUCUGUGGAGCUUCUGUAUUUAAGCUCAGUGUUGUACAAAUUUAACCAGGGAGGGUAUCUUCCUCUUGCCUUCGCUGUGGUGCUCAUGACGAUCAUGUACAUCUGGAACGACGUGUACCGAAGGAAGUACCACUUUGAGCUGGACCACAAGAUUUCUCCAGAGAAGCUCAGGGAGGUUGCUGCUGACGCACAAGUUUCCCGAAUUCCUGGGUUGGCCUUAUUCUACUCUGAGCUCGUUCAAGGUAUCCCACCUAUUUUCCAGCAUUAUGUGACAAACGUGCCUGCGCUGCACUCUGUUCUUGUCUUUGUGUCCAUCAAGUCGUUACCUAUUAGCAAAGUUGCCACGGAAGAGCGAUUCUUGUUCCGCAGAGUGGAACCCAGAGAACUUAACGUGUUCCGUUGUGUAGCGAGAUAUGGCUACACUGACGUGCGCAACGAGCAAGAGCCUUUCGAGAGAUUAUUGGUUGAGAGGCUGAAGGAAUUCAUUUCCGGAGAGGUUUGGGUGUCACAGAGAGUACUGAUACAGAAUGUUGAAACUGAGGAGGUUGAAGAUGGAGUCCAAGAGACUCGUGGUGAUGAGAGACAGCAAGAGGCUGUUAAAAGAGACAUCGAGGCCGUUGAGAGAGCGAUGAGAGCAGGUGUUGUGCACUUGAUUGGUGAGAGCGAGGUGGUUGCUAGCGAAGGAGCCAACAUUGGGAGCAAGAUCUUGAUCAAUUAUGCUUACAACUUUCUGAAGAAAAACCUGAGGCAAAGUGACAAAGUGUUUGAUAUUCCUCAUAAGCGUUUGGUCAAGGUGGGUAUGACGUACGAUCUUUAAAUAAUCAGAGCACGCCUAUUAUAUACUGUGCUUAAUUUUAUGUAUUGUAUGGAUGAUUCCAAAAGCCUUCUUUGGUAGAGCUUUGAAACUUUAAACUUGGUA